AUGGCAAUCUCUACCUACUCUUCAAUCAAUCCGGAUGAACUUCAGUACGCCGGCCUUCCUAGCCCCAAGAUCGAUAAGAACUGGAAUAAGCUUAUUGGAAGUCGAUACUUUCGUUUAGAAGUCUCUGAAGUAUCACUACUGAACCAAGACUCCGAGCUCCCAGCGCUCACGAAGAUGCAUAGCAAUGAGCGAAUAGCCAAAGAAGGUUUCUACGGCGGGCUUGCCCUCAAAUAG